CAAGCCGCGUCUUCCUCGCAUUUGCGCGUCAUUCAAACAGGACUCAGUGUACUGCUUUCUUUCCUCUCUCUGUUGCAUUAGUAAUAACAGCGGCGUUGACGGGAGACAGCAGGAGAGAGAGAGAGAGAGAGAGAGAAAGAGAGAGAGAGUGUGUGUGUGUCUCUAUCCGAGACAGCCAGCGGUGCCCAGCGGAGGAAUAUUCCAGCUUGUUUUAUUUACUCUGCAGCUUGUUGUUCGUUUUUCUCUCUGCGCUAUGGUGAACUUGGACAGUCACGUGUUGUGAAGAAGAGCUCUCUGCAAAAACACACAGACGACUUCUCACCUGGUGUGUGUUGACUUUUUACAUCGCGGAGGAAAAAUAUCUAGGCUAUACCUGCCAUUUUUUUCUGAUAGCCGACAUCGCCGGACUCCUUCCACUCCUGUGACGGACAACGACGGCAAGUUCUCUCCCUUAGGGAUGAAAUAUGCACACUCUGCGCCCGUAGAAGAAAGCAGACGACACACACUGUAAAGUCCAAAGUGGUUUUAAAUCAUGAUGAUGCAGGAGUCGGCCACAGAGACAAUAAGCAACAGUUCAAUGAGUCAAAAUGGAAUGAGCACCCUAAGCAGCAGCCAAUUAGAGGCUGGCAGUAGAGAUGGGAGAUCAAGCGCUGGUGACACGAGCAGCGAAGUAAGCACAGUCGAGCUGCUGCAUCUGCAACAACAGCAGGCCCUACAAGCAGCGAGGCAAUUACUCUUGCAGCAGCCAGGCAGUGGCCUGAAAUCUCCAAAGAGCCAGGACAAGCAGCGUCCACUGCAGGUUCCAGUGUCAGUGGCCAUGAUGAGUCCCCAGGUGAUCACGCCGCAACAGAUGCAGCAGAUCCUCCAGCAGCAGGUGCUCUCCCCCCAGCAGCUCCAGGCCCUGCUCCAACAGCAGCAGGCUGUAAUGCUGCAGCAGCAACACCUGCAGGAGUUUUAUAAGAAACAACAGGAGCAGCUUCAUCUGCAGCUUCUCCAGCAGCAGCACCCUGGCAAGCAGGCUAAAGAGGUCCACCAUGAUACAAACACACAGAAACACGUAAUGGUAUAUGCACAUACACGUGUAUAUGGAGAGGAGAGGAAAUCACAGCAACAGCAGCAGCAGCAGCAGCUGGCCGCCCAGCAGCUCGUCUUCCAGCAGCAGCUCCUGCAGAUGCAGCAGCUCCAGCAGCAGCAGCACCUGCUCAACAUGCAGCGGCAGGGCCUGCUCUCGCUGCCCGGGCCCGCGCCCGGCCAAGCCGCCCUGCCCGGACAGACCCUGCCCCAGCAAGCCGGCCUGAGCCCCGCAGAGCUCCAGCAGUUGUGGAAGGACGUGACCGGAGGUGGCGGCAGCCACGGCAUGGAGGACAACGGCAUCAAACACAACAACAACAACAACAACGGCACCGGCGGGGGUGGCGGCGGCGGCGGCGGCGGCGGCGGUUUAGACCUCUCCACCAACAACUCUUCCUCAACUACCUCCUCCUCCAAUCCCGCCAAAGCAUCGCCGCCCAUCUCUCACCAUUCCAUCGCCAACGGACAGUCCCCCGCCCUCAACCACAGAAGAGAGAGGGAACGGGAACGGGAAAGGGAAAGGGAGCGAGAGAGUUCACUACAUGAAGAAAGUGGAGGAACCCACCCCCUGUACGGUCACGGCGUGUGCAAGUGGCCCGGCUGCGAGAACAUCUGCGACGAAUUCGGACAGUUUUUGAAGCACCUAAACAGUGAACACGCCCUCGAUGACCGGAGCACAGCCCAGUGUAGAGUCCAAAUGCAAGUCGUACAGCAGCUGGAAAUACAACUUUCUAAAGAACGUGAGCGUCUUCAGGCGAUGAUGGCCCACUUGCACAUGCGGCCCUCGGAACCCAAGUCAUCUCCCAAACCACUCAACUUGGUGUCCAGCGUCACCAUGUCCAAGAACCUGCCCUCAGCGUCGCCCCCCAACUUACCUCAGACACCCACCACGCCCACAGCACCCAUCACACCCAUGUCCGCCAUGCCCCAGGUGCCGUCGGUACUGGGAGGAGCGAACGUCCCCGGCAUGGGAGCCAUGCGCAGACGCCACUCGGACAAAUACUCCAUGCCUCUGUCGUCAGGUGGUGACACAGUAUUUAUUUUUCCAGAGAUUGCCCCAAACUACGAGUUUUAUAAGAACGCAGAUGUCAGACCGCCAUUUACUUAUGCAACCCUCAUAAGACAGGCUAUCAUGGACUCUGCCGACAUGCAGUUAACGCUUAAUGAAAUCUACAGCUGGUUCACGCGCACGUUCGCCUACUUCAGACGCAACGCCGCAACUUGGAAGAACGCCGUGCGCCACAACCUCAGUCUGCACAAGUGCUUUGUGCGCGUGGAGAACGUGAAGGGGGCGGUGUGGACGGUGGACGAGAUGGAGUACCAGAAACGCAGGUCGCAGAAGAUCACAGGAAGCCCAUCACUUGUCAAGAACCUGCCCUCCAGUCUUGGCUAUGGAAGUGCACUAAACGCCAGCUUACAGGCUGCCCUGGCAGAGACCUCCCUGCCGUUGCUGGGGAACCCCGGCCUCAUGAACAGCGGCGCCACGGGGAUGGGCUGCCACGGCCUCCUCGGCGGAGACCCGUCCAUCCUGACGGGCGUAAGUCCGCCCGGACUCUUGGGCGGGAGUCCGGGCGGACUGCUGGGCGGGAGUCCACCGGGACUGCUGGGCUGCAGCCCCCCAGGUACGCUGAGCGGCAGCCCGCCCAACCUGUUGCACUCCGCCCACGACGGUUACAACGGCUCACUCGACCACCUGGACACCAACGGACACGGCAGCCCUGGAUACUCCCCACCAGUACACAUGCCGCCCAUUCACGUGAAGGAGGAGCCGCUCAACAUGGAUGACGACGACUGUCCGAUGUCACUGGUGACGACGGCCAAUCACAGUCCAGAGCUGGACGACGACCGGGAGCUGGAGGAGGGGAACUUAUCGGAAGACCUGGAGUGACUAGGAUACAGUUUUUGGUCGACGUAUCCCUCCUCCCAGCCGCACUGUUUCUCUCACACAGACCUCCCGCAAGACUAGAAACCACUCCACAGUCCAAGCAAACUCACAGCGGACUCUCUCCUCGUCUCUCUCUCACCACUGGGACUAUUUAUUGAGCAUGCAUCCGGGAUUGGAGACCGGUCCAAAGGAACUCUUCGUUGCAGCCCUUUGGGAUUCCCCCAACAACAUGAACCAGGCAUGAGAUGUCUGAUUAAAAAGAAUUAACUCUUUAUUUCAUUAGAGAUGGCGUGGCCACAUACAGUACAAGGAUGACGGACUCACGGAUGAUGAGGGGGGGGGAAAAACAUGACACAAAUGAGCAAAUCAUGUUCCGUUUGAAAAGCUAGCGGCCUCAUAUACUGCCAAAAAGGAAGACGUUUUAUGUUUGUGAAUAAUCCAACCCUCCCCCCCAGUAGUUGUUAAUGUCUAGAGACAAUUGCUGGUUCAAUUCAAGUUGUUGCUCUGUUAUCAUUUGCACAGGAGUAGUCUCAGAAAUUUGUGUCACUGCCUGUAUGUUGCUACUAUUAUGAAAACCAGUAUAUUAUUUUUUAGCUUUCUUUUUCUUUUUCAUCGUUAAUUUCCAAAAAUCUGAUUUUUAAGACACCACCAACUGUAAAUGCCAUUCCCUGAAUCACACCAGAACUGCGGUACCAAGACUGUUGUUGCAGCUGUCCAGAAAAAAAAACAAAAAAAAAAAAGUUGGCUUCCAGUCUGUUUGUGAUUAAAAAGUUAAAAAGAAACUGGAUAUUAAAGUUGGGGGAUAAACCAAUAGUUUGUAUAAAGCACCAUUUACAAAAACAAAAUGCAUUUCCGCAUAAUUUCCUUCUCGCUGUUCUCCUUACCUCCUCGUUCUAAAGCUUUGUCUACCUGCAAACAGUCACAGGCAACAGCUAGAAACCAAAGCCAACACUAGCAAUGGCCAAUAGCUUAUAGACAGAAAACCAACCAAACUCCUCUUGGUCCGUCUUCUGCGACUUUAAACUAGUACAAAGAGAAGCUUUUCGUUCCGCAAACUACCUUCGAAUAACCUCUGGGAUUGUUUCAUUUAGCCCUAUAUACAAAGAUGAUCACGAGAAAAGAGAGAGAGAGGGGAAAUAAAUGCUGAUUUUGAUGUGUAAUUUGAUAACUCAUAGAAACGUCCACUUUGGAGUUUUUCUGCCAGACGUACUGUAGGUAAAAAAGGUGACGUGAUAUUUGAACUGCAGGCAUUUUUUUGUGAUUUGACUGGUAGAGAGCAGCUAACUGUAAAAGUGGAUCAUGACCAAAACAUUUGUGUAUUCAAUGGAAGUGCAGAAACAUUGUGUUGUUGUAUUAAUUUUUUUUUUUUUUUACUUUCUGUUACGCAUUACACAUCAGACAUUUUUAAUUUUUCUUUUUCUUUUCUAACCUGGUGAAUAUGUAAUGUUCUAAGUGGGACUGUCAAAAAUAAUGUCUUAUUUCCGUGGCGGUUUUUGUUUUUCCGGGGCCGCGUCGAAAACUGAAAACAUCGCUAACCAAACAUGAAAAAUAUCUAGUGAAGCCAAAUAAGUCAUAAUUUUCAAGUUGAUAUGAAAUGGCUUGGUUACCAUUGUAAAAGCAAAUAAUAAUAGCCAUUGCAGAAGAGGAUAUCUAAGGGGAAAGUUAAACCUUUUCUAGGUGAUAUUUGCUUUAACGUCAUCAAAAAUACGCAUUCGUGUGUGGUUCAUAGCUUCGAAACUAUAUAGAUACAACUGGUGUUGGCGCCGGCGUACUCUGUAUAGGCAACCAGCUUUUUAUAACACACUUGGUAUUUAUAGAAAAGUUUGUGGAUACUACAUUUCCAGCUAAUGUCAUCUAGAAAAGUGUUGUUGCUUUAAUGGUCAUUUCUGUUUUCAGUAAACCAAAGUUACACAAAAUUCUGCCUCCUCUUGUUAUGGGAUAAAGAAAACAACCAACACGCACCCUGUCAGAGCCUAGCAUACACGCUGACACACACAGACCCCCGAGCUUUCGGUCUGCCGACCUUCUUGUUUCGGUUAACGGAAACUGUUCGCUGUCAAAGAAACCGACGAGUGGCUUUGUAUUGUGCUGUAACGACCAAAAUGGAAACACUGUGCAUAUGUUGUUUUCAAGCGUUGUGCCAAGCCGAGGGGAUUGGCUGUAAGAGCUGAACACGUGCAGUACUGUACAAACACGCAGCAUGUAACUCACACCACACAACACACACUCUUACACACACGCCAGUUCCACGUCAAGAGGGUACUGGGCCCAGGAACAAAGCUUAUCCCUUCAAUACUUAGAGCUGGAGUCAGCAAAAACGACUUGAAGACGACGUUCUUAAUAAUCUUAUCACACCAAAUAAAAAGGACGCAGCGUCUUUCAAAAAAAAAAAAAAAAAAAAAGGGUUCUCCCACUUACCCAAAAAAGGCUUUCGAAAAGCGUCUACCUCUGCACAACAAAAAUUCAGAACAAUUAAUGACAGAUUGCACGAGUUAUUAGAAGGCCACAAGAGCUGUUACACUUUACUGCGCUUGUCUCAUAGGACGUGGCUCGAACCAACGUUUACAUUCCCUGCGUCAAGAUACGGAAGAUUUGCAUUGUAAUAGGUUGUCCUCAAACAUUUGUAGAAUGAUAAUGUAUAGAUUACCUGUAAGGGAAUAUUGUGUUUUAAAAAAAUGCAUGUCUAAAAAUCAUUUGGUGGACUGGAACCAAGAACCAAUAAAAAGAAUAUAAUAAAACUCAUCAUCGGGACGAUGGCCUAAAUGUACGUACAAUGCAUAAGGAGUGCGUUACCUCAGAUAUACUGUUUUGGGAGGGAUAAAACCUGUCAGCCACAGAAUGCAUAUUACCUGUAGAUUUGCAUGGGUUUUGUAUAAAUUAAGUAAAAAAAAAUGUCUAAAAUAGUUGCUUGCACAUAAUACCAGAAAGACCUCCAGAACUGCGAUCUGCUCCUCCACUAGAUUUUAGGAUUGUCUGGAUUUUCUGGGUUGAUUUUGUCUGUAUUUUGAUAACUGUGCAUACUUAUGUAAAAAAAAAAAAAAAAUGUUGGUGGACCCAUAAAUUUACCAGACUUUUUUCUAAGAGGAAAAAAAAUCUCAGUGUUUCUUUUCU